GUUACUCCGUCUCUUAUACUAUUUUCUCCUUCUUCACUCCUCUGUUUCAGAAUCAAAAUCUCUCUUUCUCGUCAAUAUGGCAGCAAAUGGCGUUGUUUCUGACAAGAGCUUGAUCGUCAGCUUCGGUGAGAUGCUGAUCGAUUUUGUCCCCACUGUCUCCGGUGUUUCUCUAGCCGAAGCUCCCGGCUUCCUCAAAGCCCCUGGCGGUGCUCCGGCUAACGUGGCCAUUGCUGUUGCUAGACUCGGAGGCAAAGCGUCAUUUGUCGGAAAACUUGGGGACGACGAGUUCGGUCAUAUGCUGGCCGAUAUUCUCAAGCAAAACAGUGUCUCCGGUGACGGGAUCUUGUUUGACCAAGGCGCUAGAACUGCUCUUGCCUUCGUUACGUUACGCGCCGACGGAGAGCGUGAGUUCAUGUUCUAUAGGAAUCCUAGCGCCGACAUGCUGUUGAAGCCGGAGGAGUUGAACGUUGAUCUUAUCAGAUCUUCCAAGGUAUUUCACUAUGGAUCAAUAAGUUUGAUCGUGGAGCCAUGCAGAUCAGCUCAUUUAAAGGCAAUGGAAGUAGCCAAAGGAGCUGGUGCAUUGCUCUCAUAUGAUCCAAACCUUCGCUUGCCACUUUGGCCUUCAGCUGAUGAGGCUAGGAAACAGAUUUUGUCCAUUUGGGAUAAGGCAGAUAUUGUCAAGGUUAGUGAUGUCGAGCUCGAGUUCCUCACCGGUAGCAACAAAGUCGACGACGAAACUGCCAUGAAACUUUGGCGACCCAACUUUACACUGCUCUUGGUCACCCUUGGUGAAAAGGGUAGCCGAUACUACACCAAGAAUUUCCGUGGAGCAGUCGAUGCUUUCCAUGUCAAUACCGUGGACACAACUGGCGCCGGUGACUCCUUUGUUGGUGCAUUGCUAUGCAAGAUUGUUGAAAACCCAACCAUUCUUGAGGAUGAAGCAAAAUUAAGGGAAGUGUUGAAAUUUGCAAAUGCAUGUGGAGCCAUCACGACGACCAAAAAGGGAGCAAUCCCUGCACUACCAACCGAGGCCGAUGCCCUUGCCUUAAUCAAUGGAGCUUAGAUUUUAAGCAACUUGAAUAAUUUGCACAUUGUUUUGCCUCCCGUGAUUAUCCUUUCAUUUCAAAGAGUUCUCAAUUUAUUCCCCUUUGAUAUGCGACCUUUGUUCCCCCCACACCCGAUUGCUUGUGUUCUAAUGAUGGAAAAGGCUUUGUGGUUUUAAGCGUGUAGGAAAUUCUUUUCCCUCUUUUAUAAUUUUGCAAUGUGAUUAUCGAGCUUGUUCUGUCAUCA